AUCAAAUUACAUACAUCAAACGUUACAUUUUAAAAAUAUUAUUGCGUGAUUUUUGAAGAACAGCACGACAUAAUUAAAUCUCCUCACCCUACAAGUAUAUUAUAAGUAGACACAAAAUAUUUUACCAUGACAGCCAUAUCCGUUGAGGAUGAUUUUUCUGUAUUGAAAAUAAUUUCUGCGACAAAAUACUUUUCGCCAGGUGUUUCAGUUCUACAAGACGUUAAUCUCUCUGUGGAAAAAGGGAUGAUAUACGCUCUACUGGGUCAAAGUGGCUGUGGGAAAACAACUCUGCUGUCAUGCAUUGUUGGACUGCAAAAGCUGUGCUCUGGAAACAUUGAAAUUUUUGGGAGAGAUAUUUCCCACUACAGAAAUGGGGUUCCGGGAUCUGCUGUUGGAUUUAUGCCGCAGGAAAUUGCACUGUACGAAUCGUUCACAAUUUUGGAAAUAUUCUCAUAUUACGGUUUACUGCAUUCAUUAUCGGAGGACGGGAUACGAUCUAAAUUAGAGGAGCUUCAAAUCUUAUUAAACCUGCCGAAUUUUGAUAAAUAUGUGAAUGAAAUGAGUGGUGGAGAACGUCGUCGAGUUUCACUAGGAGUUGCAUUAUUGCAUGACCCUAAACUUCUCAUUUUGGACGAACCGACGGUCGGCAUCGAUCCGCUUUUACGUCAGAAGAUUUGGACUUACAUCACAAAUCUGGUUAAAACUCAGCAAACAACUCUGUUAAUAACUACACAUUACGUAGAGGAAACAACGCAAUGCGACAAAAUAGGUUAUUUAAGGGAUGGAACCAUCUUGGUGGAAGAUUCUCCGCAAAAUUUACUAAAGACUUACAAAGUUACAUUGUUGGACGAGGCUAUGCUUAAGGUGUGCAAACUAGAAGGACACAGGCAACAGAAAGAAAUUCCCACGUCCAAGAUUAAUUUCGGAAGAUCACAACGCCCCCGAUAUAACGUUGAACUUACAGCCUUCCGUAAAUUAGGGAAUGAUGCAGUGUCAAGAAGCUAUCAAAAUUCUGUCCCUGAAAAGUUGGGAGACAAUUUACAAGACACGACUUGUAUUAACUGGAAUUUGAUGAGGAAUGAGUUUAAGAACUUGAAAGCGCUUACAAAGCGCAACUGGAUUAUUUACAUACGUUUCAAAAUGUUGUUUGUGAUUCAAAUAUUUACACUUCUAAUGGGCUGUUUUCUCGCCAUCCAUGUAAUGGGAAAUGAUCCUGUCGGACUUAAACUAGGCGUUGUGAAUUAUAAUCCACAGUGUCAAAAUGGUGGAAAAUCUUUCAGUGAAAAUCUCAACCGUAGUGGUUUGGGAUUUCAUGAUGACCUUGACAAAUACAAUUUUGGCUGCGAAUUAUUCGACAAUCUUGGUGGAGAUGAAGCGACUAUGAAUUUGGUUUACAAGGACACAGUACAGGACGCAUUAGAAGCUCUGAAGAAGGGCCACAUUAUCGGAUAUAUAGUGAUUCCACGGAAUUAUUCGGACCAUUUGAAACAUAGGAUUUUGUUUAGUAUGCACGCUGACAAUGUAACCAUUACAGGCUCUACUAUUUCGGCUCGAUUGGACAAUUCAAAUUAUCUCGUUUCUUAUUUUGCGAGACAGUAUAUUUCUUCAAAUAUGCUCCAAUUUAUGGAAAAUCUAGCCAAAAAGUAUGACGUUGACAAAGGCAGAGUAACCCUUCCGCUUCAAUUUCAUGCAGUCCAUGGUUCGUUAACAGACACGUGGAAUGCUUUCCUAGCCCCGAUGUAUCUCUUUAUUGUGUGGGCUUCAGCCUGCUCGUUGUGUUCCUUAUUUCACAGUCAAGACAAGACUCAAACAAGCCUCUCUCGAACCCUUGUCACCGGCGUGGACUAUCGCACCAUCAUUUUCUCCUACUUUGUCGUCGACUUUUUUAUAAUGCUCCCUCAAAUUUUCGUCAUGUUCAUGUGCUUCUGGUGGGACCGUGGAGAUAAAAUCAAGGGCAGCUGGGCCAUGAUUUUCCUAAUUUUUUACAUCGUUCGAGUAAAUAUCACUUCGUUAACUCUGUUACUUGCCGAGAGCUCAAAAAAUUUCCUUAAUGCUCUAUUUUGUGUCUUGGCUAUAUUUUGGAUGAGCAUUUACGCCUCAGAUACCAUCUGGCCCAUUGAAACGGUGACAUGGUGGUACCGACCGUUCUGUUAUUGUCUUCCUCUAACAAACCCGAUCGGUAUGCUGAGAAGCGUUUUGACAAGGGGCUGGGGAAUAACACAUCCAGCCGUGUUUUGUUAUGGGGUCACCAUCCCACUUGCUGUUUCUAUACUUGCAUUUUUAGUAACUGUAAGGAUUGGGAGUAAGCGAUAAUUACUUGUGCAUACAGGGUCCGCAAAAAUUAUAGCAAGGACUUUUCCACUAAUAAAACAUUUUAAUAUGUAUAAAUUGUAAAACAAUA